AUGUCGCAACCAGCCCAAAAAUAUUUUUUUUGGUCGUCGUCGUCGAAGACGUCGACCCCUGGAUCCAGUUUGGCUGGUGGCGACAUUGCGAAAUCUGGGAUUGGCAAGCUAGAUCGUGAAACUGGCACACUAGGUGCAGUUGGCCAAGCCGAGCCCAUUGCUCUAUCAAAGACCCCACGUUUCAUUGUAAAGUUCGGAGAUACAGGCACCUUUAUGUUUAGCAAUGUGCUCGGCUUGGCCAACAGCACCUUGUGUGAAAGUUUCACGAUCAAGCUUGCCAAUCCCAGAUUUCGCAAUGUCGCCACCAGCCAAACAGGAUCUGGGGGUCGACCUCUUCGACGACGUCGACCAAAAAAUAUUUUUUGGGCUGUUUGCGACAUUGAACGCGAAACUUUCACACAAGGUGCUGUUGGCCAAGCCGAGCCCAUUGCUCUAUUCAAAACCCCACGUUUCAUUGCAAAGUUUGGAGAUACAGGCACCUUUAUGUUUGUAAGCGUGAUGCUAUAUGAAGAGUGGUCUUUGCUCAUUGUCAAGUAA